AAUAUAGUGUAGUUUUAUUUUGUAAAAUGAGCAACAACUUUUGCUUUAAACUGUGAAAUCGGAUAAGUAAAUAACGGAAACAGAAAAAUGUCGGCAUCUUUGGAUACCCGAAACCUUUUGCAUCGAAACGGAAGUUUGUCAGAGAGCAGCGAUGAACAAAUCAUGGAUGAAGAUUCAGCUGCAUCUAUCCUCGCCUCUGUAAGGGAGCAGGAAGAUCAGUUUGCAAAACUCACAAAGGAAAUAGAGCAAGAACGUCGCACAGUAGCAAAUCAACUUAACAAUGAUCAUUAUGGAAGUCAAAAUGACAUGGAAUACACAGAAAGUAUGAACUCAGAUGGGUAUUACGAUGGCCAACCCAGUGAAUACGAAACUUUUUCCCGAAGCGAAAACUUCAGCGAUCCAAUGGAAGAAACCGAGGUUUUAAUUGGUGAUGAUGGAGUUGCUAAAACUGUCACAAAACGAGUUGUCACCAAAACAGUCACUGAAAGAAGAGUGAGACAUGUAGAAGAACAGGGUAGUUUGCCAAGGAACAACCAUAAUGGAAGUGGACCCCGUCAUAUGUCUGAGAGAAGUAUUCCUGAUAAUUAUGAUUCAAUGAAUCGCAACCAUCCAGGAAAGCUGCACAGUCCUCAUUAUGGUGAUGAAACCAGCAACUUAUUAAGGUCGUCCGCUAGUAGCUCGUCAGCAAGCGAUGACCGUGGUGGAAAACCAUCCGGUUACGAAUAUCCAUCCAAACAAAGCUUUGGUUCAAACGAUGAAGUGAGGAAACUUGCUCCAGAGAAGUUUCAGCCAGAGGAAUAUGGUUUGGAAGACGACAGACGAAGUACAGAUGAUGAAAAUGAUGAAUACAGAGGUCUCGAACCAAACUCAUAUCGUGAAAGAGGAAGUGUUUCAUCGGGUAGCAGUGAUCAAAGAUACGGCAAUAACAUAGACGAUGACAUGCCUGUCGCUGCUCCCAGGUCUGUUGCCAAACCAACCGCUGGUCGCGCUCCACUGGCUCGGCAAGAAGCUGGAAGUCGUGGUAGUCUUGAUAGACUUGGAAGUAACUGGCACACACCAACCUUGGAGGAAGUAAUCAAGAUGUUGACUUACAACCUUCCCAUUGUGCAACAAAAUGCAGCUGCUUAUAUACAGCAUCUGUGUUUUAAUGAUGAUAAAUUGAAAGCAGAUGUUAGAAAACUAGGUGGCAUUCCUGCCCUUGUAAGGUUAUUAGACAACCCUAGUAGUGAAGUUGAGUUGAAUGCAUGCGGGGCGUUAAGAAACCUCAGCUACGGAUCGAAAAAUGAUAAAAAUAAAGUGGAGAUAAAGAAUUGUGAGGGCGUGCCUGCUGUUGUGAGGUUAAUAAGGGCGGCCAAGAACAUUGAUACAAAAGAACAAGCUACAGGUACUUUGUGGAACUUAUCAGCACUACCAGAACUUAAAGGACAAGUGCUUGAGUUGGGACUUGAACCGUUAACCAACCUCAUCAUAGCUCCAUACGCUGAUGUGGUGUCGCAACAAGAUGGGAAACCUAAGGAAGUGGAGAUGGUCGAUGUAUUUACUAAUGCUGUUGGUACUGUGAGAAAUUUGAGUUCGUAUGACAACAUAGAGAAUCGUAAGCGAUUGAGGGAUUGCCCCAACCUUGUCUUCUCGUUGUUCAGUGUGCUGAGAGCCAACAUAGAAAAUGGAGAUAUUCAAAAUAAGGCUACAGAGAAUUGUGUGUGCGUGCUUCGUAACUUGACAUUCCAGCUUCAACGUGAAGUACAGCAAGCUGAUACCCAGCUAUACAUGCUUGAUCAACCAAAAGAUAGCAAUGAUGCUGCCGAAACUUCGUGCUUUGGGAAGAAAAAAGAUAAACCAGUAGAGGUUGUAGAUCAAGUUCCUGCUGACGACCCAGAUGCGUCUGGAACAUCAUUGCUAUGGCAACCAGAGGCAUCAAGGAUCUAUGUAGCGUUGCUUGCAGAGAGCCAGAAACGAGAUGAACUAACAGAGGCUGCUCUUGGUGCGUUGCAGAAUCUUACAAGUGGAACUUGGCAGUGGGCAGUAUAUGCACGUGUUGUUGUACGUAAAGAGAAAGCUCUUCCAGUUGUUAUCGAUCGUUUAAGAACAGAUCGCGACCAAAUUGUGAGGUCAGGAACAACAACGCUAACCAAUCUUGCUGAAGAUGUAAAGAAUAAAGAACUUAUUGGCAAGUUUGCAAUGAAAGACUUGGUAUACAAACUUCCUGGAGGUUCAGAUCCAAACGUUAGACUGUCAGACACCACUACAAUCGCUGUGCUCAACACUAUCCGUAAACUUGUCGAAAAAAGUCCUGAAAACACUCGUAACUUAAGGGAUGCAGCGGGAAUCGAGAGGAUUACAACAAUCAACAACUCAAGGGACAGCAGCAGGUUCCAUGAUAAAGUUGUAAAAGCUGCGGGCCAAUUAUUGAAAGCAAUUUGGGCAAAUAAAGAAGUGAGGUCUUUACUGAAGAAGGAUGGCUGGAAUAAGGUUCACUUUACUCCUACUGUGCCUGUGAACACACUACCAAGAACUUCCCACCAAGCCACCAGCGAACCAUACGAACGACCAACCAGCUCACCUAACCCUCCCUCCACCGGAGGCAGGAGAGCACAACGCAGCACGAGCCAAUCAAAUGAGGAUAUACAAAUGACAACUCCUGGAGUAACAUUGACGGACACCAACCGUAGAAAAGAACCCGCAAAUUCCUGGGUUUGAAGCAAAAGGAGUUAUAACCGCCAAUGGUGCCUGAAUCUAGACAUUCCGCAGUUGCCGCCAAGUUAUUUGUUACUUGUCAUGCAAAUGUAGCAACUCUUUGGAAAACAAUUUUACUGUUUUUAGCGCAAAGUAGUUUUUUUUAUUAAUUUUGUCAAUUUAAUUUUUCUCCUGAAACCCAGAUUUGUCAAUUUAAUUUUUCUCCUGAAACCCUAAUUUUUUUUCCUAUUUAAACUUUAAGCCUUACCAGCAUUGCAUAACAGCUAAGCAACAACUUUAAUGAUGUAAACUAAAGUGUCAAGUAUUUAAAACUUGUUUUAUUUCAUAUAAAUGAUCAAUUCAUAUAAAAUUAAUUUUCAUAUAUUGAUUAACCUUUUUCUGUAAAAAUGAUAUAUAAUAAUUAUGGGUACUACUUUUUUAAUAUCAUGUUUUCCAGUGUGUUGUGUUAUUUCCUAACGCCAAGUUCACGUAUUCCCUUAACAUGGCAGAUCGUGUUAAAUUUUAACGGCACAAUCAUAUAAAUCGUGGCUAUAUUAUGCACUACGUUUGUACGGUGCUUUUGAGGGUUUCCACAUUUUGGGUUAUUUGCCUUUACAGUGCUGCCACCAAAUAAGGAUUCCUUUAUGGUGUUGUAUGAAAUCUAAUUUCAAUUUUGCCAUGUGGCAACACUGGUACUAAGAGUGUGUUUUUACUUUUUAUACCAAAAUAAUGGGCUGUAAAUAUACAAUACCUUUACUGUAUUAAUUAUAUAUAUAUAUUAGCUUCGCAAAAACGUUUGUCGCUUGUUUCACGCGCAUUUUUCAAAUUUUAGUGCUUACAAAUUUGUGCUGUAAUUUAAACCUGACCGUAUUGUGUGCUUUUAGCUUUGUAGACUUUUAUCUGUAUAUUAUGAUGGUGGUCACCUUUUUGGUGAGUUUUAACUAUUUUGAUUAAGUAAUCCGCUAACAGUGAUCAUUUUAUGCAUAUACUAUUGUUAGUUGGAGGCCAAAAUUAAGAACUGUAGUUUACAUUACAUGCUGUUCUUACAAAGUGUCAUUUAGGAUUUUUGGAGCUAAAUUCGUUUUGUAUAAAUUGCUUUGCCAUAAUAAUGCUCUUUAUUGCAUAUAAACCAAUAGUUGUAGAGUUUUUCAAGAUUUGAUUCAAUAAUAAUGCCUAUAUUGGCAGAUACACUACCAAGUUGGAAAA